UCUUUGCUCUCUCACUUGAUUCUCUCCUCACCACCACACACACUCCAUAAGUCCCACCAAAAAAAUAAAGGAAAAAAAAAGAUCCAAAACAUACAAAAAAAACCACCUAAACCCACUACGACAAAGCCCUCUUAACAAUUACAAAAUUCAUCCAAAAACCAAAAGGAAGACAUAUGUUUUUCACCUAGUAGGUGAAAUCUUCUCGGGAAAAAAUAAGGCAAUUCCUUCAUCGACCAACACAUAGAAAAUGGUGGAAGGGGGUCCGGUGAAAGCGGACAAGACAGAGUUCACAGAAUGUUGGAAGAUCUCAUCGAAAAAUCCUUAUAUCAUGAAGUUGGCCUUCGCUGCCGGCAUCGGAGGGCUUCUAUUUGGAUAUGACACUGGCGUUAUCUCGGGAGCGUUGCUAUACAUCAAGGAAGAUUUCGAGGAGGUGGACAAAAGCACGUUCCUCCAGGAGCUCAUCGUGAGUACAUGCGUCGCUGGAGCCAUCAUCGGCGCGGCGGUCGGAGGCUACGCCAACGACCGGAUCGGACGGAGGAAGACGAUCAUGGUCGCCGACGUUCUGUUCUUCUUGGGGUCCAUCAUCAUGGCCAUCGCCCCUGUUCCGGCCGUCAUCAUCGUCGGAAGGGUCCUCGUCGGUCUCGGCGUCGGAAUGGCCUCCAUGACCGCUCCCCUCUACAUAUCGGAGGCCUCCCCGGCGAAGAUCCGCGGCGCCAUGGUCAGCACCAACGGUUUGCUCAUCACCGGCGGGCAGUUCUUGUCGUACCUCAUCAACCUUGCAUUCACCAGAGCUCCUGGAACAUGGAGGUGGAUGCUUGGAGUGGCAGGGCUCCCUGCCCUAAUCCAGUUCUUGUUAAUGUGGUCACUUCCUGAAUCUCCCCGAUGGCUCUACAGAGAGAACUACGUCCACGAAGCGAAAGAGAUCCUUGAAAAACUUUACCCUGAAGACGAAGUAGACAGAGAGAUUCAAGCCCUGAGAGAAUCCGUCGAAUCAGAGAGGGCGAUGGAGGAAUCGAUUGGCAAAGACAUGUGGUCCAAGCUAAAAGGAGCAUUCACCGACAAGGUUGUCCGGCGGGGGCUCUACGCCGGCGUGACAGUCCAAGUGGCCCAACAAUUCGUCGGAAUCAACACCGUCAUGUACUACUCCCCGACCAUCGUCCAAUUCGCCGGAUUCGCCUCCAAAUCUGUUGCUCUGGCGCUGUCCCUCAUCACUUCAGGGCUCAACGCCGUCGGCUCGAUUAUUAGCAUGAUGGUGGUGGACAAGUACGGACGCCGCCGGCUGAUGAUCAUCUCGAUGUUCGGGAUCAUAUCUUGCCUGAUAAUUUUGGCCGUCGUUUUCCGGCAGGCGUCGUUGGGCGCUCCGGGGAUCGAUUUCGUGGACACCAAGCAUUUUGGGAGCAACGUGACUUGCCCGAGUUACUUGGAGAAUUUUCAUAAGCCUAAGUGGGGAUGCACGCAGUGCUUGAAGGCAAAGUGCUCCUUUUGCUCCAAUGUUGCUGACAAGACCGCGCCGGGAGCCUGUCUGAUCGACACCAAGGUGAUGCAGAAUGAAUGCGAGGCAGAGCACCGCGUGUUCUACGAGGAAGGUUGUCCGAGCAAGAUCGGGUUCCUCGCCGUCCUCCUCUUGGGCCUCUACAUCAUCUCCUAUUCCCCGGGGAUGGGCACAGCGCCGUGGAUCGUCAACUCCGAGAUAUACCCGCUUCGAUACAGGGGCGUGGGAGGUGGGAUCGCCGCCGUGGCCAACUGGACGUCGAAUUUGCUCGUCAGCCUGACAUUUCUGACGAUGACGCAGACACUGACGGUGGCCGGAGCUUUCCUGAUGUUCGCCGCCAUCUCGUUCAUCAUGCUGGUAGCGAUCUUCUUGUUUGUGCCAGAGACGAAAGGGCUGCAAUUCGAGGAGGUGGAGAAGCUGUUGAGAGAUGACUACAAGCCAGGGUUCUUCAAGGUAAAAGCAGGGGAUCAGGGAAAGGGGAAAGCGCCAGCUUAAUUUGAUGAAGAUUUAGAUCUCUUUUUUCUUUUUUCUUGUUUAAUAAGUUUCUAUUUUUUUUUCAGAAUAAGUUUGAGGAGUUGUUUGGGAAUUGGGGCACUUGUUUAGAAAAAAGGGGGAACGGGUACAUUUUCAUUUCUUAAGAAUAAAAUGUUUGAUUUAGUCACAAGUUAUGCUGUUUUUUGUUGUAUAUGGCAUGUAUGCAGUUAUACAGAGGGAUAAGUUAUAGAAUUUGAGAUGGUUGGAUUAGUGAUCAAAAAGUUUGGUGUUGCUAGCUUAUAGCUAUUGGGUUUAUGAUAUGAAGUGAAUAUGAAAGGUAUGUUUACUCUGCCUUGUUGAUGGGGAGCAUACAAAACAGGUCGG